AUGGAUCUAGGAAAGCUGAAACUUCUCAGAUCUGGAACGAAUGCCUUAUUCCAAGCAGUCCAUCCGGUGCAUGGCUUAGCCUGGACAGACGGCAGACAGAUUGUGUUGACAGCCUUGGAUCUCGAAGGGGAAGAAGCAAAGUUGGGAAAUUCUGUGGUCAUCGGGCACUUCGAACACGUCCAUGGUCUUCACUGGGGACCUGUUUUGGGAAGGGACACGACGGCGCUGUUGGCCGUUCAGCACAAGAAACAUGUGACUAUUUGGAAGCUGUUUUAUGAUGUCUUGGAAAAGGACAGGCUAGUGGUUUCCCAGACUUGUGAGAUCGAGGAUCCUCUCCCUGUUCUCCCCCAAGGUUGUGUGUGGCAUCCCAGCAAAGACAUCUUGGUAAUUCUCACGAAGCGGGAUAUCUCGGUUGUGCACGACGUCCAUGCAGAUAAUGCCAGUGUUAAGGCUGAUAUUCAAGGUAGUGGCGUCAUUCGGUGUGCAUGCUGGGCUACAGAUGGUUGUCGUGUGGUUGUUGCUAUCGACAUGGCUCUGCAUUCCUACAUAUGGGAUGAUAUUCGGAAAACCUUGAGUCCUUGUUCUUUUUGUCCAUUUCUUGAUAUCGAUGCUACAAUUUAUGCCAUUAAACCUAUCAUGGAUAACAAAGUUGUUAUUACCACUGAAACGUCAACAGACCAUCAUACUAAUUUAAGCAGACAUGCAACAUUAGAUUGUUCAAUUGUACAGCGUUCAGGCCAAGAGCUGUCUAUGAAUAACAGAAGACUAUCCAUAGAUUCUGGAAGAUCAGAACCUGCUGAUUUGUUGAAGUCUCCUUCUUUACUUCCAACGGAUCUUUCGCAGAUCCUUAGAAGACAUCGAAAGUCGGACCCUAGUCCAGUCGUUCAUUUCACUCACUUUUCUGCCGGGAAGAACCUGAAUUUAUCAAACCUCAUAAUUGUAUCUUUUGAGAAGAAUGCGACUACCACCCGAAAAGUAUCUGUUCCGGGUAUCUCAACCCCUGAUAUACUUGUUCUUGAUCCUCAAGCUCAAAGCGCGGCUAUAGCUUCCAACGCGUCUAAUCGUAUCUUGGUGUAUCCGGUAACUCUGACUUGUGCGCCUGUCAUUCAAGAAAUCAAACUGGAAGAGAAUGAAAAAACCAAAGGGAUGUAUUUUCUGACAGACACAACAUUAUUGGUUUUAGUUGGAAUGCAGAAAGCAAAUGAGACAGCUUUUAUUCCGUCAUCCGGCUCAGGAAAAUACAAGGCUCAUUUAAUCACCAAAAAAGUCAUGCCUUUGGAGGGUUUACCAGCUUGUAACGGUAGGCAAAAUGUAACGUUAGAUGGUAUCUCCAGCUCACCGACUCCAGAAAAGAAAUCCAUGUGUGACAAUUUUAGCCUUAACAAGGAACUUUGGAUACCAACCUUUUCAGGGGCACAGUCUACAAAUCUCAUAAAAAAGAGAUCUGAAUUGUUCAGGAGCAUUAGCUGUGAACAAAGAACAUCUGGUCAGGACUACAAAGACAACAUCGAGGCUGAUCCCGUAGCUUGCGAGACACUUAGAACAAACCAGGAGGAUCAUUGCGGAGAAUUGUUCCACGAACAACGCACACCAGACAAAUACUUCUCUGAACUUGAUACAACAUCUGUGUCCACGGCCCAAAACCUUAGCAACGCUGACCCAGUCUUGGUAGAUCCACAUUUGAAUAUUUCUGAAGUUAAAGACUUGGUAACCAACUACACAAAGCCGCUGCAAUACCCAAACACAGAGGAUCCUGAAUAUGUAUCUGUUGCGUUUGAGAACACGGUGUUAAAUUUGCGUUCUUUACUCUUCAAGGAUUCUCCAGAUGAUUCUGAAAAAGAAAAGAGGUCCUUCCUAUUGUGUCAUGGAAAACUUCAACUGAGAGCACUUCGGGAGAGCUUCCACCUGACAAACCUUGAAAUGAAACUUGGUUCUAGGUGGAUUACCCUCACAGAAGAUGGAGAAGGUUUCAUUCCGUUAUUAUUCAGAACCAACCAACAUCUCAUCAUUCAAGAUGCAGAGCAGAAAACGCAAAGCUGAUUUUUAAAAUAAUUUGGACAGAUUCCAUGAGUUAUGUUAAUUAUAAAGAAUUUCUGCUCUUGUGGUGCC